GAAGGCAGGCAGGGCGGGCGGGGCCUCGGGCGGGCGCUUCCGAGGACAGCCGAGCAGGUCCCCGUGGCGCUCUCCCCUCCCGGACGCCUGGGUCCCUCGCCCCCCCGCCGGCCAUGAUCGAGGUGUCGGCGGCGCUGCUCCGCGGGGCGGUCUUCCUGGCCGGGGAGCCCCUCGAGUGCCUGGUCACGCUGCGCAACCCGCUGCCGCCCGACGCCACCUCCGCCUCCAGGUAGAGCCGGGGGCCGGGCGGGAGGGAGGGAGGGCCGGGGCCGGGAAACUCCUCCGUCGGACCGGCGAGCGCGGGCAUUUCUCCGUCGCGUCGGCCUUUGGCACGAGAAACGCGCAAAGCAAGCGAGACGGGCAAGGCAGGAGCCGGAGGGCGCCGGAAACGGAGGGCGCGGGCGCAACCUCGGGGUGUCCAGGGGCGCUUUUUGAGAAGCAGAAAAUGAACGAAGUGCAGCUAAGCUCUUAUGCUCUUUUUCACAUGCUCUAGUCCAGGCUUCUUCCUCAACCUCGGCCCUCCAGGUGUUUUUUGGCCUACAACUCCCAGGAUCCCUCGCUGGCAGGACCAGUGGUCGGGGAUGAUGGGAAUUGUAGUCUCCAAACAUCUGGAGGGCCGAGGUUGAGGAAGCCCCGUCUAGUCCUUUCCCCGGUGCCGGAUUGACAUAUAAGCUCAACAAGCUCUAGCUUAGGGCGCCACUCUCUUGGCCCCCCCCCAAAAAAAAAUUAAAAGGAAAAAAACCUGGAUGUACAUUUACAAAAUAGAAGAUAAAAAACAAAUAGAAAAAACCUACAUACAGCAACCGUCUUUUGUUGUGUAGGCUCCUAUGAAGUAAGAAAUGAGCCCCACCUGCUCCCUCAAAUAUCCCUGGUUUGCUCCUUUCUAUAUAUAGGGUGCCUACACUCUGCAUGUGCAAAUGGUUUUAGAUACCUAUUAGGUCCAUAAAUUACCAUAAAGCAUAUAUUCAACACAAAAAACAGCAACAAUUUGUUGUUGACAAAGGAUAGCUGGGCCUCAUCAAACCUAAAUCUGGCCCUGCCCACCCCCCUAGUAUUCUUAAGAGGGUCUCUUCUCCAGUCUUUGGAGAGUAGCUGGGAGGCAGAAAAAGGCCCCCCUCUCCUUCCAUUCUGCAGUUUUGAUCUGAAAUCUUAGGCCCAGUUUUGCACCCAGAGAUCAGAAACUGCUCACGCUCAUGAAAUUCCCUGCUGCAAAAUGCGCCUCGAACAAGGGGAGUUUUGCACGCAGCUUCUCAGUCCCUCUGGAAUCGCAGAUGAGAGUGAAACGCGGAGGCCAAAGGGCUCUUUGCUUCUUCCUGGUUGAUGGUGCUUCUAGCCAAUGGAUGAAGCCGUCUCAAUGACUGACAUUCAGGAAGGUGGAUCCAGCCAAUUAGGCAAAGAGAAGAUGAGUAUGAAACGCCCAUUAUAUAGAGAAGGAACUUGUAAUUUUCUGCUGGUUUUUGCUGGUGGAGAAAUAGCAAAGCAAUUCAAAGAGGUCCGGGACUGAGUGUAAAUUCAGUUCAUACUCUUUUAAAUUCUUGAGUUUAUUUCACCCCAAAAGAAUAUUUUUCUGAGAUUGUAAACAUUUUAAAAAAUUCUCUGCCAGGGCAGAUCAAGUCCCAUCAUUGUAGGGCUGUGGCUGAGCGAGUGUGGAUUACGCCAGCCUUGCAAGGAAAUCCAGUGCGGGUAUCCCAGUUUAGGGCAGGGCAUGUCCAGUGUUGCCGUGUUGGCAUUUUUGGGGGAGGGGGUGCAGAGUUGAUUGCAUCAGCAGUGCCAUUCAUAAAGGGCUUGCUGGGGGGUGGGAGGCUCCCUGUGGGUUGAAAGAGCAACCUGGAUGCUGGGCUGACUCACUGAGAAAGGGUGGAUCACAGAGGUGGAGGGGUCCCCAGGGGUCUUCUAUUUUUUUUUUUAAUAGUUGAUAUUUAUUGAAUUUUCAAAAAAUAACAACAAAAAUUUCCAAAAAAAAUAUUUAAGGAUACAAAAAACAAAAUUAGUGCAUAAACAAAAAAGAAAAGAAAACCCAGCCGCAAAGAAAAAAAAAAAGAGAAACAGAAAAACAAAAAUAUAAAGUCCUUUACAAUCUCUAUUGACUUCCUUUCUAGACUUCCUCCUCCUCCCCUCUUUUGUUUCUUAAUUUUUAAUUUUUACAGCAAAUCCUUUCUGUUUUUUCAUAACAAUCUGUCAUUACGUUUCCUUAUUCUAUUUUCCCUCUUGUCAUAUAAAAACUUUAAAACUCAUAGCUUAUAUUCAAUAUUUACCAAAUUCUUGCAUCAUUACCUUUUACGAACCAUUUACCAAUCCUUACUUAAGUCAUGUAAUUUCAAUCCACAUCCAUCAAACAUGGGUAAGCAUGCCCAGUAUUAAAAAGUAAAAAGAAAAAAUAAUAAGUCAAAUUCAGUCCAGUCAGCUUCCAACCUCCCCUCCCCUGGACCCGGGAUUGUCAGUCCUUUUAACCUCGGUAAUCCGGCUCCUUAACCUGGUUGUCUCGUAUCCGAGGCCCUCAAGUCUCUUUCUUGCCCCUUUCGCCACUCUUGUUGAUGAUUCCUUUCCAGUCGUGGAUGCUCCAGCAAGAAAAUGCUUUUGACCCUUUGCAACAAGUCCAUCCCAAACCCAUUGCCCAAGCCAGACAGCAAAUAAUACCACUUCAAAUUUCCACAAAGCUUGGAGACUUCGGCUACUCCAAUCCUCUGAUAGCCCAUCACCAGACUCGGAAGGUCCAAAUAACCAUAUGGAGGGGGUCGAUCCAUCCCCCAUUUCCAAAUCUGACCACAUUUCAUCUUUCCGAAUCUGGUUUGUCCUAAGUUCAUUUAUCAAGUUCAAAGGCUGAUCUUGCCCGUCCAAAGGUCCCUCCAUCUCUGAAGCCUCCGUCACUACAGCAGGUUCAUAUGCUUGUAUAGCCUUUAACUGAAUUUCAUUUGUUUGCUGCUGUGCUCUGGUAACUUCCAUCAUCAAGGUCGUCUCCUGACGCAUCUGGUCCAGCUGGGCACUUAGUUUUGAAAAACCUUCCAGGAACAAUUGUUCAAGCCUUUGUACUAGCAUUGUCCUUCAAGGUCAAAGAAAAUUCUUUCCCACGAGAAUAGUCCAAUAGUCCUUCUCUUUUAAUCUCUCUGCGUUGCAAUUUCACUAAAUUCCACUAGAUGGAAUUUUUUUUUUUUUAAAGGAAUAAAAGCAACAGCAACAAUCUUUCUUUUUCCAGAAACACUUUAUCCAAAAUUCCCCUUCCAAAUUCAAGAGGCAACAGUAGAAUCAAAAUGUUACCCUUCUUUUAACUAACUGUCGAGCUGGAUAAACUUCAGAACGUCAAUUCUGACAGCCCGCUCCUGGUUCAGGGCGGUGGAAAAUUGCUUUAUUUUAAACUCACUUCCGCAGGAUUGAAAAGUCCAAAUACAACCCCCUUUUUCUCCUGCAGUCAAAUGGGGGGUUCAGAAAUCUUAGAUGUUGAAUUCUAGUUCUCUUAAAAUUUAAUUUUCAGGCUUUAGUAUAUUUUGUCUUUGCUUUCUUCACAUAACAAAAGAACGGAAGGCGACUUCCUGUUUAGACCUUCCCAUUCCGAGUCCCAAUUAAGUUCAAUUUCAAGUCCAAUAUUAUUUGUUUAUUCACCAGUCUUAAAAGUGGUUCAGCUCUUCCAAGAUCAGGUACUCACGGAUAGAUGUUUUAGAUGCCAAAUUGUCCAGGAAAAAGGCAGCGCUCUCCGAUAACGGCAGUGCGGCUUUGCUGCACGGAGGAAGCAGACGACUCACAGCACCACGCACCUCCCACUCCGGAGCCCGUUACCGGGCUCCUGUACAAGCGGAGAGAGCGCUCUCGGUGCCCGCCGAGUCCCACCUCCACAGGCUUCUUCCGCCUGUGGUUUUUGCGGGUCCCCGCUGCGCCGUAGCGGCAGGACCCAAGCCUCCGUGCAGCGGGUUCCCUUCAGUCCGAAGGGAAUUCCGCCAUUUUCCGGAGGCGCCACCCCGGAAGUCCGUCCCCAGGGGUCUUCUAGUCCAACCCUCUGCAGGGCAAGUUUCUUAGUGGGCAGGUCUACCCGCCAGGCCUCACCACUGCUCAGCCACCACAUUUUCCCGAAGGGGUAGGCCUGUCUUCUGAUGCUAGUUAGGAGCGUUUGUGGGGAGCGUCAACACCCCCUUGAAAGCAGGGGCUCAUGUCCUCCUGGGGGCUUCCCAGAAGAGGCACCGUGAGCUCAGGCCGCCUGGAGAACCGGAUGCUGGACUGGACAGAUCCAGUGCAGGGAUCUAUUUAUUUAAAGGAUGGGAUCAGUGGGGGAGACCAGUGAGUCAAGUCAGGCCAGGCAGGGAGUUGGGGGUCUUGCCAGGCCUUGGCUCGCUGACCGGAUGCGCUGAAGUCCAGGGAGGCUCCUUGCCCCUCACAGCCGCGUGGCCAAAGGCUGCAGGACUCUGAGGCAGGGCUGGGGAGCUGUGGCCUUUGUGCUCCGUGGCCUCGGGGCUCUCUUCCUGAGCCUGGCACCAGGCCCCCUCCGCAGAGUUGGCGCUGCCUCUUGUGCGAGAGGGAGGCUAAAUAAACAUUAGAAAAUUGUCCAGUAGCACCUUCGAGACCAACUACGUUUGUUUUGGGUCUAAGCUUUCGUGUGCAUGCACAGUUCUUCAGAUGCACACGAAAGAUUAUACCCAGAACAAACUUAGUUGGUCUUGAAGGUGCUACUGGACAAUUUUUAAUUUUUUAAUUUAUUUUGACUGCGUCAGACCAAGAUGGCUACCUACCGGAAUCGAGAGAGGGAGGCUGUUCUUGAGGCUGCCCCAACAACUGAUGCAAUGUUUUAUGUGGCAAUUGAGCAGUCACAGGUGAACCUGGGAGCAGUUAAGGACUUGAGAAAGUACAGCACUGUACAGAUAAGUGCUGAAAGUACACAGAGAUCCAUUAAGGCUUCCCCACCCAGUUCAGAGCAGCCAAGAGCGGCCCCUUCCCCCCCUCCACUGGCUGUGCCAGCCUGGGGUCCAUUUUGCUGCAUUGCCACAGGCCUUUAAGGUUGCCAUUCUGCCUGCUCUGUGCCCAUGCUGCCGGGGGUGGCAGUGGCAGCAGCAGGCAGAUGGGACCCCGCAUCCCCUCAGCACUGUGGCCGGGGCUCCCUCAGGAGGAGGGGGUCCUCUGCAGGCUUCCUUUGGGCGGCCUUCGCCCAGCCGGCCUGUCCUGGAAGAUGCUGGUCUCCUCAGAAAGGAGUUCCGUGGGUGUUUGGUUGAGCCCAGCCUGUGCGUGCCAGCUGGAUUGGCAGCCCUCCCCUGCCCUUCCCUCCCGCUUUUGGCCUCAGGCCCUGACGUGGGAUGGCUGCCUCCCUUGUCACCUACCAGAUCCGAGAGAGAUGCUUCUCCACGGCCGGCCAGCCUGGUUAUGCGGUGAAGCUGGCUUGACCAGUUUGGACACUUUUCUUGAGGUGCCCAGGUCCUCAGGCGGGGUAUUUGUUUUUCAGCCGGCUGGCCUGUGCGGGCUGUUGAUGGGCUUUGCGGUUGCCACUCCUGCAUCACAGGGGGUUGGACUAGAUGACCCCAGGAUCCCACCCAACUCUGUGUCUAUUAAAUCUGUGUGGUGCAGAAAGGAGACAUUCAGCAAGGGAGGGCAGCAGGUUGGGUUUGGUGCACAGUAGAAGAAUAACAAUCGUUAGCCCCCCAUCUGACUGGGUUGCUCUCAUGCGCUCCUGCUGGUUUUUCUCCUCCCAAUCAUCUGGAGCCGGCAUGAACCGGGCAGCCAUCUCCUGGAGCCUGAGGGUGGGGGGCAGUCAAGUGUGGGAAGGGCUGGCCCAGACCCUCCUUGCUUCUGUCAAUCUCCCGGGGCACAUCCUGGCCACCCCAAAGGGAGCAGCUGUGGCAGCCAAGUGGGUCUGCCUUCCCGGGUGCAGUUCUGGCUUGCUGUGGCAUUGCAAAACCCUCCUUCUGCGGCCUCUCAGGACCCCCGCCUUUCCCCCACUUCCAUUUGAUGCAGAAAUGGUUGUUUUAUUUACGGUGUUUUUAUUUUGAUCUUUUGGUCAGAAAGACCUUCAGAGCGGCUAAUGGCAAAGUAAUUAAAAAGCAGCUCAUAGCAGCAAGACAAGGACCCCAGCGGCCAUGGGGGGAGUCUCCUUGCACUUAGCCGGCGUGUGGCUGGGGUGCCUGUGGCCAGGCCCAUUUUCGGUGAGAGGCCAUGGCUGGUACCCCAGGCCCGACACUCCCCGUUUCUGCUUCUGCUGGAGCCUCCUUUGUGAGGGGGGCCCUCCAGGCGCACCCCCAGGUGAGGAACCAGGUGCUGAUGGUUUCAAGGCAGCCUGUGAGGUGGAAUCCAACUGUGGUCUCCCUGGUGGGUGACUUGUGCUGGGAGAUGGACAGCGGGAAGGGGACCCCUCCCCAGUUCUCCGUGGCUGGGACCAGCUUGGUGCAGUGCCAGGGGGGCUCUGGGGCUGCCUGGUGAGCGCUGCAGCCCAUAGUCGCCUGGCAGAGCAGUUUUGUGGCUCUCAGCUCGCUCUGGGGUGCCACAAGCUUCCUGUCUCCUGCGCUGCGGAACGUUUCUGUGAAAGUGCUCCCAUCUUUGAGCCUCUAUGUGGAAGGAAACAGAAUGGGAUGUGAAAAGGAAAGAACUUUUCACCUCUUUACUGCAGCCCAGGGCUGUGUUUUCGAAUCAUGGAAGACCUUUAAUCUUGAUAAUUUGGAUUUCUGGCAUUCCAGGGUUUGGCAAGUUGCCCUUCUUGAAAAGGGUGCAGCUCGAAUGACUGGUUUUUAAUAUGACUUUAUUUUCUAUACAAAAACUGAGGCACGCAAGUCACCCACUGUCACCUGUAUAAGCUAAUUUCUGGCGCAUUUAAGACCAUAUUGAACCUUUAAUCUGAAUAAUGGUGCACCUUUACAGCCAGAGAAUACUCUCAUGUUUAUAACGAAUUGUAAAGGGGACCCUUGUAUGAGUUAAUACUUUAUUAUCCCUUUGGAGCUGUCCUCUGUUUUUGUACUUAUGCCCUUCUGGGCUGUGACGUUUUAUGGUUUGGAGUCUUGAUUAUUUAGGUUAUUGGUCAAAUUUGCACUUUUUUUUGUUUUGUUAAUAAAUAGUAGAAGUCCCGGAAAGUGUUAGACAGAGGGGCUGGCGUGCCAGGUGACCUUGUCCUCCACCAUCAGGAAUUUUUGGAGUGUUGUUUUCCAAGCAUGCUUCUGGGAUCAUUCCCUCGAGGCUCCCCGAAAAUAUUCCCAGAGCCCCACCAGGGCAUUUUCCCUCUUUCUCCCCUUGGGCCAGCCGGUCACCUCCACUCCAGGCUUGAACCCCAUUUAUUCCCGAGGGGCAUCUUGUGGCCUCAGACCCUCCGUGGCUUUUGAAACCUGCCCAGGUUUGUGAGUAAUGUGGGAACAGAUCACCUGGGGGUGAUCUAGAUAGUUAGGUUCCUCAUCACAAGGUUUGUGUUGUUUUCCUACCUGGUGUGCGGUGCUGAGAAGGGAGGAAGAGGGGCUGGGGUUCCUCCAGACACCACAGGAGCAUGGUCCAUGGGGUCCUCUACCCCCAAGGGGUCUGGAAGGCGCUGGGUUCCAGCUUGCCAGCCUUUUUCCUGGAAAGAGGCAGCAGAAAGCCCUGAGCUGUCUGGGUGGAGGGACUCCUCUGCAGAGAGCAGGCACUGGCGGGGGGGGAUGGGUGAGCACACUGCCCCCAGCACCAUCGGGGAGGGGGUGUACCAUCACGGCUGCCCCCCCAGACACGUGCUGUGCACCCCCCAUCAUGUUGGGCACCAUGCCCCCAGGACGCACGCCACGCCUCUGUGGGCGACGUGCCAUGCCCCACCUGCUCUCCGCCCCCGGUGCCAGAGCAUGCAGCUUCACCACUGAGAGCAGGUGGCACUUUCAGAUCUGGAAAAUCUGAAUGAAUGAGGAAAACACACAGACACCCCUGAGCUGGGAUGUCUUUCAGGCUGCGCUUGCCUUCUCUCACCACGGAGGAGAGGGCCAUCGAUGUCUCCUAGUCAGAACAGCUGUGCGCUGCCUCGCUGGUUAGAGGCAGGAACGCUUCUGAAUCCCAGAUGCUGGAAGCCAAAUCGUAGACUCCUGGAAGGGCCCCCGAGGGCCAUCUAGUCCAACCCCCUGCAAUGCAGGAAUCUCAGCUCAAGCACCCAGGAGGGGAGGGAGUUGCUGUUCUGCUCCAAUCUUCUUUGGGGGUUUCCCAUCCUAGGCACCUGGCUGGCCAGUGUGAGAGCAGCAUGCUGGACUGGGUGGGCCUGAUCCAGCUGCAGGCUCUCCUCAUGUUCAUGGGCCGCCUUCCCCUGGGUCUCUGCUCCGUCUCCCUCACGGCCUGCCCCCCUUUCUCCUCCCCCAGUGAAAUGCUGGCCUGGGCCAGCGCUCAGAUCCACUGCCAGUUCCACGCCAGCGAGAGCCGGGUAGCUCUGCCCCCGUCGGAAGACAGCCGGCACGACGUCCAGGCCGAGAACGAGACGGUUUUUGUCCCCAACAGAGGUGAGGCUGAGCUCCUUCCAGAGAGCUUCCUUCCUUGGCCUGGAGGAGGGGCAGGGCGGGGGGGUCACUUGGGGGCCGGUGAGAAGGCAGGAGAGCCUGCCAGGGUGGCAGGAGGAUGAGGGGUAGUCCUGGGCGUGAGUCUGUGCCCACGGCCCCUUUUGCCUUGCAGGGGAGCGGGGCCACUGCAUCCUGUCCACCCCCCCAAAGAUCCUCUUCUGUGACUUGCGACUGGAUCCAGGAGAGUCCAAAACCUGUGAGUAGCCCCUUCUCGCCCGUCUGCCUUGCCCCCCACCCUAGGGGAGGGGUGCUGGGGAGCCCCAAGGUGGGGCUGGGCGGAGGCGAGGGAUGACCUCUCCUGUGGGGAAGGGCUCUGGGCUCCCCACACGCCAGCCCCACUUUCCCACUUCCAUUGCCGCCCAGAGGUGAUUUGGAAGAGGAAGCCAGGCAGUGGGGCUGAGACCCCCAGGGGGAGGCCAGGGCAGCCCCAGCCCCACCUGACCCUGCAUUGCCUCACGGGCUUCACUGCCCCAACCUGCCUGCUGCCCCCCCCCCGAAAAAAACAAAACCCGGCCUCUGCCUGGUUGGGAGUCUCUAAAAAGGUGGGGAAGGGGCAUGUGGAAGACCCCCCCCCAGCGUGCUCAGAUCUGCCCCCUGCUUUUCAGACCGAGGGUGUUGGGGGGCUUGCUCAAGAAGGAUCCCGGGGCACAUGGAAGCAACAAGAGGCCUUCUGGGGAGGCAGCCCCGUGGCCCUGCGCUUGGAACUGGGCCCUUUCGGAGUCAGAAUAAGAGUUGAAAGGGACCCCGUGGGUCAUCCAUCCCACCCCGCUACAAUGCAAGGCCUUUUCAUUUGCUCUUCCUCUCCUCCUGCCGGCUGCCCCCUCCCACCCAGCCAUGGGAGCCCAAGCCCUUGAUGAUGAGGCUCACGGCCCCCCUUUCCCCAGACUCGUACUGCGAGACGUUGCCGGUGGACGGCCCCCCCUCCUUCCGGGGGCAGGCGGUCAAGUACGUCUACAAGCUGACCAUCGGCUGCCAGAGGGUCAACUCGCCCAUCAAGCUCCUGCGCGUCCCCUUCCGGGUGCUGGUGCUCCAUGGUAAGGCGGGGGGGGGCCUCCCCUGCGCAGACCGGAUUGGGGGGGAGAGGACCUCUUGACGCCCCCUCCCCGCAAAACAGCCCAUGCUGCCUCUCCCUCCGCAGGACUCAAGGACUACCAGUGCCCCCAGGAUGAGGCCGUGGCCCCCUCCAACCCUUUCCUGGAGGAGGAGGAGGGGGCCAAGAAGGAUUCCCGGCUGGCCGACUUGGCCACCGAGCUGCUGAUGGCGGCCACCUCCAGAAGGAGCCUCCGUAAGUCGCCUCCCCCCCCCCCCCAGUUCACCGGCUCUCCUGCCCCACUGCCCUGGGAGAGAAAGCCAUUUGUCAAAAAAAGAAAUAUAGGAAGAGCAGCAUGAAUAAACUCAAUUAGACGUGGUAAUUUAAGGGUCUCCCCAAAUGAGGGAAAUGACCCUGUUCAAGGAUCCUGUCGAUGGAGUUGGAUACAUGCUCAGCAUCUGUGAAGAUCUAUCCGCUUGCUUCAAAGCCCAAAGAGAAACUGAGCAGAGCAUCUUCCAAGCUCAAUACAAUGGAAUAAAAUCUCUCCUGCCCUGAAAAUAAAGUUGAGAAACGGUAAAAAAGAAAGAAAGAAAAGCUAUUUGCCAUGUGACCAGGGUGGAUUUGAAUGAAAUCAUAUCAAUUUAAAUCAAUUUGAUUUCAAUCAUGAUUUCAAUCCCUAGUCAGGAAGACUUGAUUUCAAUCCUUUUUUUUACAGAAAGACUCCUUCUUGCUGAUAUAAUAUUUACAGAUGAAGGUUUCCUUUUCAGAAUAAUAAAUUUUCAGAGUAGUUUUUACAGUUAUAUAAAAAGUUACUGACUAGGUUAUACUGUUAGAAAUACCUAGACAGAUAAUUAUGAAAUUAUUGUGAGGUUUAAUAAGUUAACUGUUUAUACUUGGGACAACUUUUCUGCUGUACUUUAUUGGAAGGAGAAAAAUAAUAAUUUCCUUAAUAACAAUUUAUUUAACUAAAACAAUAACAUUAUAGCAUAUGUAUCCAUGUUUGUUAACUGAUGUGGUUAAACAAUUAAAAAAACAACUUAGAGUGAGUUUUAGCACACAUGAAAAACUUAAAACAAAUCCUUAUUUCCUGAUGAAUAGCUUUUGGACUAUAAUAUAACUUAAAUAGAAAGCUAUAUUUAGAAAGACUUUUCCUCCGAAAGCAUUUUAUUUUAAAAAUCCAAUUUAAAUUUUUUAAAAAUCCAAUUUAAAUUAUUAUUUUUAAAAUCAUUGAUUUUUAUCCACCCUGCAUGUGACUCCUGGAACUUAGGUUAUGGGCACAAAAACAGAAAGGCUAGUCACCAGGUUGCCCUUAUUACAAGGGAGACUUGGAAAGUUCUUCCUGAUAUUUCGCUGGAAUCCCCUUUGCACCUUGCAUCCUUUUGUCUGGGCCUCCCCUUUGGAGCAGCAGAAAAGGAGCCGGCGCCUUCUUCCGUGUGGCUUAAGGUGCCCCUCAUGCCACGGGGCACAGUGCCUCAUUCAGCCACCGCACAAGAGGCUGGUUUUCACUGGGUGGGGGGAGCGCAGCCGUGUUCAAUUCCAGGUGGGGCGCACCUUUUUCUCUCCCGCCCCCCCGACUGAGUCCCCCCCCCUUUGCUCCCAGACUUGUACAACAUCAGCAAUUCCCGCGGCAAAGUGGGCACCUUCUGCAUCUUCAAGGCCGUCUACAAGAUUGGCGAGGACAUUGUGGGCACCUUCAACUUCUCCGAAGGGGACAUCCCAUGCCUGCAGGUGAGGCUGGGGGGGUGGGGGUGCCCUCCAGGAUGGCAAAAUGGGGGGGUGGGUGAGUCGAGGGUGUGGGGUGCCAGUCGGGUGCUCACCCGGCCUCUGGGCUUGCCCUCUGCUCUCUGGCCGCUAGUACCUGGUGAGCCUGCAGACGGAGGAGCGGAUCCAGGAGGCCUUCCAGCACCGGCGCGGGCAGCCCGUCUCCUACAGCACCCACGCCCGCCACCAGGAGUCCUGUCUGCACACCUCGCGCACCAGCUUCAGCCUGCCCAUCCCACUCAGCUCUGCCCCGGGGUUCAGCACCAACAUCGGUGAGUCCUUCCAGGGCCCGGGAGGGAGGGGCCGGGCAGCUUUCAGGGGGGCGACUGCUUUGCAGGCAUAAGGGGCAUGGGUGGGUCAACCUUUUGCACCAAACUGCAGAGAGCUGCUGCCAGUCAGUGCCCAGGGGGCAAAGCUGGGCAGUCCAGUACCCCAGCUCUGAGGCUGGUUCCUGUGCCCCUAAGCCAGAGGAGGCUGCUGCUGGAAGCACCUCUUUGACCCCCUCCCUGUACCAGCCACAAGCUGGCACUCUCCUGGCACCCCUGAACUGCAGAAAGCUGAUGCCAGUCAGUGCCCAGUGGGCAAAGCUGGACAGGCCAAUAUGCCAGCUCUGAAGCUGGUUCCUGUGUCCUUAAGCCAAGGCCACCUACAAAAGAGUCACAGAAAGGGGCUGCUGCUGGAAGCACCUCUUUGACCCCCCCCCCCCGUACCAGCCACAAGCUGGCACUCUCCUGGCACCCCUGACCCAUGGGCACCCCCUCCUCCCUGCCCCUUGGCUGGCUGUCACCCACUGACAGAGGGAGCCCCCAGAUGUUCUCGCUUCCCUUGGUUUGAACAGAAGGGGGUCCUUGCUGCCCCCAACACCUGGGAGCCAAGUGCCGGUUCCGCUCUCCCUGCCGCUGUGGGGUGGGGGGUGAGUGGAGGGGGCUAUUCAGGGGGAGCAGCCCAGAGCGCCUCUGCUGAUGCCACCCCCUCUUUGCAGUGUCCCUGAAGUGGCGGCUGCACUUUGAGUUUGUGACAUCCCGCGAGGCGUCGCAGCGGCAGGUUCCCCCGGAGGGCCCCCCCUCGGAAGAAGCCUCCCGGUGGUUGGGGGUGGAGCAGAUGGACGUGGACACCUUCAGCUGGGACCUGCCCAUCAAGGUCUUGCCCACCAACCCGCUCCUGGCCUCCUCCGUCUCCCAGGUCCCUGGCGCCAACUCCCUCACCAUCUGAGGGCGCCUCUGCGUGUCUGAGUGUCCUGUUCCUCCGUGUGGCCUCAGAGAGGCAUGAUCCUGAUUGGGGGGGGGCUUUGGCUGGAAGGUCUGGGGUGCAAGCAGGGGGGGCUCUUCAGCUGGGCUCCCUCCCUCUCCCUGCCCCACUCCCCGUCUGGUGUGUGAAUUUCUCCCAUGGAGAAGGGGGCGCUGCCUCCAACCUGCCCUUGUCCUUUUUUCCAGAGUGUUGUGGGGGGGGGGGGCUGUUGCAAACCAUGGGGGUCACUGUGGUGAAAAGCUGGAGGGGCUUCCCAGCUUCAUCUCCCCCAAUGCUGUGUUUUGUGUCUGUUGGUUAAUAAAAAUCUGCUGCAAUGGCUGCCCCCCCCAUACUCUGCAGGUGCCAUCCUUUGCCCAGGAGAGUGGGGGCCAUGGGAGACCCUUCCCCUCCUGCACAUGUCUCCCCCCCACAAGAAAUCACGGCACCAGAGCCUUUCUGCUGUUUCAUGGGGUGUUUAUUUGAAGAGUCAGACAUGCUCUCUCUACGCCCUAAGGAAGAGCUUUGGCUGCGGAUCGCGCCCAUCUCUGGGUCAGGCCCAGCCCUCUUCCCUCAUGGCACCCCCCCCCCCGCACAGAGUGGUCUGGACCCCUAGUUCUCUUUAGUGGUUCCCUUUAGUGGGUUUUUUUGGGGGUGGGGGGCUUUGGCUGCUUAACAGAGGAGCCAGCAGACUGGGGGGGGAGGGAGAAGAAGCUGGAAAUGGGGGGCAGCAGCCCAGGACAUCCACACCCCCUGCCCACCCCAUUUUGGAUAUAUUUGGGGAUAAAAGCUGGCCCAGUAUCUGCAGGGGUGGGGAGCCAGCUAGACCCCAAUUUCUGGGGGAAUUCAUGGCAAAGGCGUCUGAUCAGGAGAGGGUCGAGGUUCUGGCACCCUCCCUGCUUGGCAUCUGGAGGAGGGAAGGGGCAAGGUGCCCACCCUAGGAAGAGGGCAGGGGUGGGCAGUAAGCAAAGCUGGGGGG